GUUUCAGUGAUGCGCUGCUAGACCGUCUCCGCACCACAGCUCGAUCUCCCGUGUCUGCCCGCCCGCCGCGCCAUGGCGGUCCCGUCACUGAGCUGUCUGCUGGUGCUGGCCGGUCUGUCCGCGGCCUCCGCCCUCUGGCAGGAGGACCUGACGCCCCGGCGAUACGUCCCACUCGAUGAGCGGAGCAUGCUGAGGUUCGCCGGUAACGUCUCGCAUAAGGACCACUUCCGACUGCUGGAGAACGACGGCAGCUCGCUGCUCAUCGGCGCCAGGAACAUCGUGUUCAACAUCAGUCUGACGGACCUGACGGAGCGGCGCGAUGAGCGACUCGAGUGGCACUCGGAGCCGCAGGACGUCCAGCUCUGCAUCAUGAAGGGACUCGACGAGGAGGCGUGCCACAACUACAUCCGUGUGCUGGCCAAGCGGGGGGACGACCAGCUGUUCGUAUGUGGCACCAACUCCUACAAGCCCAAGUGCCGCCACUACCAGAAGCACCCGGACGUCGGCUACCUGCCCAAGGGAGGCCAGCGGGACGGUCGCGGCCUCUGCCCGUACGACCCCAACCACAACAGUACUGUCACGUUCGUCGACGGAGAAACGUACGCCGGAACCGUGGCUGACCUGGCCAGCUCCGACCCUCUCAUCUACCGGGACAAGCGGCCGCUGAGAACCGACAAACUCGAGCUCAAACAGCUCAACGCUCCGAGUUUCGUGGGCUCGAUGGACUACGGCGAUCACGUGUACUUCUUCUUCCGAGAGACGGCCGUCGAGUACAUCAAUUGCGGAAAGCGGUCCUACUCUCGGGUGGCACGAGUGUGUAAGAAGGACAGAGGCGGUCCUUACAAGUACAAGAACAAGUGGACGUCGUUCCUCAAGUCACGCCUCAACUGCUCCAUCCCCGGAGAAUAUCCGUUCUACUUUGAUGAAAUUCAGUCGAUUUCGACGGUGCAGAGCGGCGUGUACGGCGGCCGGCCCGAGGAGGUGCUCUACGCCGUCUUCACCACGCCCGUCAACAGCAUCCCCGGCUCGGCCAUCUGCGCCUUCCGCAUGGCCGACCUGGUCGACACGUUCGCCGGCGCCUUCAAGCACCAGGAGGACAUGAACUCCAACUGGCUGCCGCUCAAGAACUCGCAGGUGCCCAGUCCGCGACCUGGCCUGUGCGUCAACGACUCUCGCCAGCUGUCGGACGCGCACCUCAACUUCAUCCAGUCGCACCCGCUGAUGGACGGCGCCGUGCCGUCGCUGCACGGCCGGCCGCUGCUGGCGCGCACCAGCCUGCGGCACCGCUUCACCAAGAUUGCCGUGGACCCGCAGGUGCAGGCUGCCGACGGAACACUCUACGAUGUGCUCUUCAUCGGAACAGACAACGGCCGGGUGCUGAAGGCGGUGAACGCCGCCUCUGGCUCCGGCACGGUGCGCGCCGAGCCCGUGCUCAUCGAGGAGCUCGAGGUGCUGGCCAACGGCGCGGCCAUCACCAACCUGCUGGUCUCGCGCCAGCCGGACGCGCCGCCGCGCCUGAUCGUCGUCACCGAUGACGAAGUGCGCGCGCUGCCGCUGCACCGGUGCGGCGACAAGGCGUUGCGCUGCGCCGACUGCGUGCGCCUGCAGGACCCGUACUGCGGCUGGGAGGCGGCCGGGCAGCGGUGCGCGCCCGUCGACUCGCCCGCCUGGCCCGAGGGCGUGGCCGUGGUGCAGAACGUCAGUCACGGCGUCCACCCGCACUGUCCGCCCAGUCCAGAUCGGGAACCGAAAAUUCUCUACCAGGAGGCAACGACUCCUCCCAGCACGGCGUCCAGUCCUCCGGAACCGUGUGUCUGCGGCUCCGGGUCGGCUCCGGCUGGCUCCGGGCAGGACUCCGACUCGGACUCGGAUUCCGACGUCCGGCUAGAACGAGGUCGGUAUAACGCGCUGGAGCGAGGCCAUAAGGUACUGGACAUUCUGGAGCAGCCGAAGGCGUCGUACCCGGGCGCUGAGUCCCAGUUUGUGACCGGUGUGGAGCCGGCCGUCUACUCGGCCGAGACGCUGGCCGUCGCCGUGGUCACCACCUGCCUACUGGCCAUGGUGAUCGGGUUUCUGGCCGGCUGGCUCUUCUCUCGACGCUGCUGGCGAAUGCGCAAUGAACCCUACUACGAAACUCCGCACCUGGAUCACCAGUCCAAGAUGAAACAGCUAGAGACGGCGGCCGCCCAGGGCAAGCCUGAUAACAGGUGUGACCAGAAUUUCUUGAACACCGAACCUCCGUCAGUGCUGCUCAGCAAACAGAUCAACUUGGUGGUCAACCAGACCAAGAACAGCAACGGCAAGAACGCCAACUCGGCCGCCGAUAACAAGCCGCUGCAGAAAGUGCGCAAAAUGUACUUGUAGUGCGCACCGCCGGCAGCGCAGCGCCCCUAGCGGUGAACUGUGGAACUAGAGCGGCCGGUCCGCCAGCGCAGUGCAGUGGACGCUAUUGGUGGGCGGGCGGUGGCGCCGCCGGCGGGGACUGGCGACACUCGAGCUUCAGCUGCCGGCCACCAGGGGUGGAGCGGCCGGGCGCCGCGCCGACCGGCAUGGCCAGGAGUGGUGAACGGCGCACACUGCAGCUGCAUUACGAGUUCUGUACAAAUGUAGAUAGCGCGACCGAGGCCAUGUUGUUAUUGUUGAUCGUGUUGGUGUCCGCCGAAGAGAUCUUUAUCGUCUAGCUCGUCGAGGAGCCGAGCGCCAGCCGCGCGCUGCGUGCGGUCGUGUGCCAUUGGAGAUUAUGCCGCGUGUAAUCCAUGUCCAUCUCGCGUUAAUCAUGCCCAUCAUCCCGCCGCUGUCAUCUCACCUCAUUCAGCUCGUGGCUCCGACGCCGGCGUGGGGCCAGGCAUGUCCGUGAUGCUCUGUUGUGGUGACAGUAUGCUGCGUGACGUUGAAGUGUGACGAUAGGGUGUCUGUUGUGGCGUGGUGAUUCGAGGCGCCCUUCUAUUGGGCUGAAUGCCUUGCCCUUUUCCCCCGCCGACUCACGUUGACUAUCAUUAUUUUUGGGCCUUUUGGCUCGUUUUUGACAGAUUCCUGAAGAUGAGACAAUAAUGUGGAAAAUAUCGGCUCCGGGUCUGAGGGCUAUUUAUUUGUUUUAGCGCACUAUUGUGUGCAAAUUGACCAUUUUUUUGUGACUGCUCUGCUUCGUUUCGAUCCGAUGACGUCAUUUACAAUCGGCGUGCUGCGUGUGACUGCGUCCGGAGCAUACCUCCGACCUCCGCCCCGCGGUCCGACCGAUACAGGUGAUCAGACCUGUGCCUUGACAUGUAUGUAGAGCGAGUGUUAAUGCCGAACGAUAGACUGCAGAGAGUGAUGAGUGACUAGUACGAGUGUCAGACCGAGCGCAUUUUACAGUCUAUUAUUUUCAGACAUAGUGCUUUAUGUAUUGUGUAUUGUGUAAAUAACGUGAAACAUCAAUAUAAAUGUGUAAUACCGA